CCCAAAUUAUUCGGUCAAAAUAAUUUCUUUUUAACAAGAAAUAUAUAAAAAUCUUGUCAGUAAAUAAGAUUAUCAAAAGUUGGCAGAAAUGAAUGUAAAUUUUCUCAAUCUCCUUCUCACAGUCAUCUUAGCGGUUUCUUUCGACACUGAAGCGCUUAGUCCUCACUACUACGACCAUACAUGUCCAAAAGCCGACCAAAUCGUCACCAAUGCAGUCAAGAAAGCCAUGGCAAAUGACAAAACUGUCCCUGCCGCGCUCUUGAGGAUGCAUUUCCACGAUUGCUUUGUCAGGGGAUGUGAUGCGUCAGUGCUAUUGGACUCGAAGGGAAAGAACAAAGCAGAGAAAGAUGGGCCUCCAAACAUCUCACUCCAUGCAUUUUAUGUCAUUGACAAUGCAAAGAAGGCAUUAGAAGAGCAAUGUCCUGGUGUCGUCUCGUGUGCCGAUAUCGUUUCACUCGCUGCAAGAGAUGCUGUCGCUCUCUCAGGAGGGCCUACAUGGAAAGUGCCAAAAGGGAGAAAAGAUGGAAGAGUAUCAAAGGCAAUAGAAACAAGACAACUACCAGCUCCUACUUUCAACAUCUCUCAGCUGCGGCAAAGUUUUGGCCAAAGAGGCCUUUCUAUGCACGAUCUUGUUGUUCUCUCUGGAGGACACACACUAGGAUUCGCCCAUUGCUCAUCAUUCCAGAAUAGGAUUCACAACUUCAACACACAAAAACAGGUUGACCCAACACUAAACCCAUCAUUCGCAGCCAGCUUGAAAGGAAUUUGCCCAGCCCAUAACAAGGCUAAGAACGCUGGAGCGACUAUGGAUGCAAGCACAACAGUAUUCGACAAUAUGUAUUACAAGAUGCUUAUGCAAGGUAAAUCGCUCUUUUCAUCCGACCAAGCACUUCUCACAAUACCAUCUACAAAGAAACUUGUGGCCAAGUACGCAAGUUCCAUGGAAGAGUACGAGAGGGCUUUUGUAAAAUCCAUGAUCAAGAUGAGUAGUAUCAGCGGGAAUGGUAAUGAGGUCAGGCUUGAUUGCAGGAGGGUCCGUUAGAAUCUCAGUCUUCGCAUUCAGCAAAAAGUUCUGCAUUUCAUGUCUUUUUCUAUCUUAAACAUUGAUUUCUUCUAUUUAGGCCUUUCUAAUGACCAAGGCCUCGUUCCUAUAUCAAAAUUAUGAUUCCCUUCGGUGUGAUUGUAAGGAAGUUAUUUUUACAUAUAAUAUAUAUAAAUAAAUGUUUGUCCCCCACUCCCCCUGAAAAAUGAUCUCGGUU